UAACGAGACAAGAAGAAGAAGAAUGACGUAACGUGACGUCAACACGUAAAGUUAGUGUACUUUCCACCUUUUAUUAUUCUGCUACGCGUCUUAGCAUGUGCAGCCUUGACGGUUCAGCCUAAUUGACGACGUACAUCCUCCGAGAAUUCCCUUUGUAAUACAAGGCUCACCCUCCAGCAGCAGCAUGAGCACGUUGUGGAUGGGGAACCUGGAGACUUACAUGGAUGAGAAGUUUAUCACCAGAUCCUUUUCCACCAUGGGGGAGCAGGUGAUUAAUGUGCGGAUCAUACGCAACAAGAUGACAGGUUUGUCAUCACCCAGGGGGGCCCUGGGCUACUGUUUUGUUGAGAUGACAGAUGAGGCAACAGCGGAGAGAUGUCUCCGCAAAAUCAACGGAAAAGCUUUACCAGGAGCCAAUCCGCCCACAAGAUUCAAAUUAAACCGAGCCACCUUUGGAAAACAAGACAGUGGUCAGAUGUAUUCUCUGUUUGUGGGAGAUCUAACUCCAGAGGUGGAUGAUGGGAUGCUUUACGAGUUCUUUUACAACCGCUACCCUUCCUGCCGAGGUGGAAAAGUGGUGCUGGACAGCAUGGGCAACUCCAAGGGCUGUGGCUUUGUUCAGUUCCCAGACGAGCGGCUGCAGAAGCGGGCUUUAGAGGACUGUCAGGGUGCUGUGGGACUGGGUGGUAAACCCCUGAGACUGAGCCUGGCUGCCAACAAUUUAAGGAACAGGCAGCAGCAGCAGCCGUCAGAGCACAGAUCGUGGCAGUCCAGCUCAGGAUACAAGCCCAACUAUGACCAGUACAACCAGUACCAGCAACAGGCCUAUCCUGGGUAUUACCCCUCCUGGGGCUACGAUCAGACUGGAGGAGGGUACGGCUACAACUACCAGCAGUAUGAUUACUCGCAGUAUCCUCCACCACAGGAGAGUGAGGCUGUUCAGGAUGAUGGACUUGAAGAUCCCAGUCCAGAGCUGGAUGUGGUGGAGGCCAACAGGAAGUUCAUGGAGCUCAGUGAAGAACUGUAUGACGCUCUGAUUGAGUGUCACUGGCAGCCAGCAGAGCUCUCUCCAGAGCAGGACUAUAUGACCUCCAGCCUUCCAGAGCCCGUCUACUGCUGACUGUCAUCUGGUGCUUUCUAUGUCCAGAUGCCUGCUCACAGUAUGGAUCCUUAAGGACAUGAAGGACAGAAGUCAUGCGCAGUGCUCUUCAACAAAACCUGUUUCUGAUGUUUUUAUGAAUCCACAGAAUGCGCUCAAUAGAUAAUGUGUUAAAGUGUCUUAUUUCCAACAUAGUUCCAAAAUGUUAUGACAGACACAAAACAUGGAAUGUAAAAUGAAAUGAUCAAAUCCUAAAAACUAAAAUGUCAUGGAUCAAGUAAACCAAAAAGAAAUGUUGAUACCAUUACACACCAGUUUUGUGUCAGCGUUAAACGGAUAAGCUGACAUAUUGGCUUCAGGUACAAGACACGUUUUAUGAUGUAUGCCGAUCCUAUGUAAUCAUUAUUCUGACGAUGUGUUGGUAGAAAACUGAAAGGGUCAAGCUGUAAUAAUCAGCACAGCCAAUCAGGAAUGUCAGUUUUGUUUUCAUCUCUACUGAUGUUGCCUCUGAAGAAUUACAGAGCAGUCAGUUGUACACAUGUAGAGAAAAGCUUGUUCAUCUUUGAUCAGAUGUACUUGAAUAAAAUGAGCAUAACGCUGAAAUGCCACAAACUAAA